CUCCCGCACCAACCAUGGAUGCAAAGACCCCUAAAGCAGUUCCCGAUGGAGAGCCCACGGAACUGACGGUGGACGACGUAACCAGCACGUCGGUGACCGUGAACUGGAACUCGCCCAAGCACAUUGGCACGAGUGGCUUGGCAGGAUACAUUGUGGAAUACUGCGUGGACAGCACUGAGACCUGGGUGCCGGCCAACAAGGAACUGACCACGAAGAACGUCCUGGUGAUUAAAAACCUGACAGAGGGAGACAAGCUGAGGGUGCGGGUAAACGCAGUUCAUGGCAGCGGUGGCAUCGCCACUGCCACCUUCCCGGACACCGUCCUCGUCCAGCAGCCUGUCGCUCGCCCCAAGAUCCGUUUACCCCGCAAUCUCAGGGACACUUACAUUCGGAAGGUCGGACAGAAGUUGAACUUGUCCAUCCCAAUCCAUGGCAACGUGAAACCCACCAUCUCAUGGACCAAGGAUGGGCAGCCUCUGCCUUCUGACCGGGUGAGUGUCUGUAGUACUGGCAAUGACGCCAUCCUCUUCAUCAGGACACUGGAGAGGAAGGACUCGGGCAAGUACAAACUGGUGGCCCAGGUGGACUCGGCAACAGAUGAAGUGGUCAUUGAUAUCCAGGUCGUGGAGAAGCCUGGACCUCCACAGAACCUGAAGCUGGCCAGUGUGUGGGGUUGCAAUGUGAACCUGCAAUGGCAACCCCCCAAGGAUAAUGGAAACGCGGAGAUCAGCGGUUACACCAUUCAGAAGUCCGACAAGAAGACAGGGGAGUGGUUCACCGUGAUGGAGAAAUCACAUGCCACCACCUACACCAUCUCCAACUUGGUGAUGGGCAACCACUACAACUUCCGUGUCUUCUCCGAGAACCUGUGUGGACUCAGUGAAACGGCAGCACUCUGCAAGGACACUGUCUAUGUCCCCAAAGAGGGUAAAAAGUACAGCCCACCUGAGUAUAAGGAGAAGGACUUCACCGAGCCCCCUAAAUUCACUCAGCCACCAGUGGACAAGACCACCACAGUGGGAUUUACCACCAAGCUCUUCUGCAGUGUAAGGGGUAAUCCCAAGCCCAAGAUCUGCUGGUUGAAAAACAAGACCUUGCUUGACGCUAACCCUAAGUUUCGGAUUCUGACCAACGAGGGCAUCUGCACCCUGGAAAUCCGCAAGCCGUCUACUUUUGACGGGGGCGUCUACACGUGCCAAGCUGUGAACAUGUUGGGAGAGGUAGCAGCGGACUGCAGGCUUGAUGUGAAGGCUGUUUCUGUGGCCUAGUGAUACGUGGACCUAUCAGAACAAGCAGAUGCAUUUCUUGUCAGCUUUCUCCUGCCUUGAUAACAUUGAAGGAUGUCCUCCCGCUGCUGGAAGGUCGGCCAGUAUUUAGAAGCACAGAGAACAAUGUGUGUCCCUGAGUCGUGCAUUCAGUCAAUUCUCUCUUCACAUGUCUGUACCCUGAUAUUUUAAACAG